CUAGAGCAUAGUAUGAGCAAAUUAUUCUAUCAGUCAUUGGACUUCACCUGAAAUAAAGUGUAUUGUACAGCUCAGUGUCUGAAAAAGAAUUCCUCUAAUGUAGGGGAGUUUGAAGAAGGGCAAUAAAAUCAGUAGGGGAGAGUUUCUCCUGUGAUGGCACUGGGAGGGCCAAGACUUCAAUUCCUUAGGAAAGAAAAGACAAAUACCAAGUGUUUGUAAAACUGAGUGUUGAAGCAAGUAGGAAAGUAGAGAACUCUUGUUCUGUCUUGUAGUACAAUAAUAGAGAGACAAUGAAGCAGAAUUGAAGUUACAUUUAGACUGAAUCAUAUUCCAUGCUCAGAAUUUGAGCCAAUUCAGAGAUAAAGGUGAAGCCUGAAGGGGCAGACUGUCCUCAUCUCUGCAUCUCUUUGCAGCCUCUUUGCUUUCUGCAGAAAUAUCACCAGAUAUUGGCUGGUGUCAAUGGGUGUUACAAAGAAUGGACUUCUGGUCUGAUCCCAUCUGAGGACUGUGGAUUUUAACCUGUGGUCCACAAGGCUCCUGAGGUUUUGUGACCUGUUCCUAAAGACUCAACAGAAGGUAAGUGAGAGAAGGAAAUUUCUCACUUGUAGGAUUCAAUUCCAUAGGAGCUUGCACCUUAAUUGGAAAUUUUAGGGGCCUCCAAGAUUGAAAAAUGUUUGGAAAACACUCAUGAGAAAGCCAAUUACACCUGCCAAACAAAUGUUUCUGCAGUUGAAGUAGUAAAGAUUGCUAUGGUAUUUUUUUCCUGCUCUACUAUAAGGCCAGUCAUUUUUUCUUUCCAACCUGUUCAUUGUCAUGCAACGGGAAUCUUUCCCUCCCUGCUCUUUGACUUUACCUGGUCAAUACAGAAGUGCAAGAGUCUGGUAACCUGAACAUAACAGUGUGAUCGAUCCCUAUAUAAAAAUUACGUAACCUCAAUGCUGAAGAACUGGCUUAGUUGCUGAAUGCAGUGUCACAAAGUGACAUUGACACUACCCCAAAAGAAUAAUCUGCCGUGAGUUCAACAGUGGAACCAGAGUAUUUUCUAGUCCUAACGAUAAUUGAAAGAGAAAGUAAUGGGCAACUUCAGGUCAGGGGGUCGUACAGGUAGCAAGGGAUGUCUCUAGCAAAUUGGCAGAGUGAUUUAGUAGGGCCUUUUCUAUAACUUAAGGAGUGAUCUCAUAUCAGAAGUAUGUAUUUAAAAAUAGCACUACAGACAUUGCAUACAGAUUAUAUAAGAGGAUUUUUCUGUUAUUGUAGUCUGAGUUAUAUAUAUUUCAAAAGACAUAAUCUGACAUAGUUCACAGCCCUGGAAUGCAAAACUAAUAAUUGAAAAAUAGUGGACCAUUAUUCAGCAAGUAGCUGCAUAUAAAAGACCUCACAAAAAAACCCCAGUUCCUAUAACUUUAAAAGUAAUAAGAAAAUAAAUCUAAGGCUAACACACAUCAUGAAUUUGGACGUAUAUCUAGAAAUAUCCUUCUACAUAGAUCCUCAUAGAAGCAGGCAUCCUGUUUACUUUACUUUAAUCUGAGAUACUGUAUUACAAAAUAUAUGCUACUAAUGCUGGCCACACUGGCAAGGAGCGAGCAAGGUGUCAAUUUGCAGAAUCUGAAGUUCCUUUGGACAACUGCUGGUAACCUCCACAGCUGUUGGUUAGGCCUACUAUGUGACCAGCUUAGAAUAUCACCCCACUCAGGACCCUGGGGUAUGAGGCAGCAGAAGGAGGCUCUGAGCAUUCUGCCAGCUACUUCUCUCACUGCUCAGCCUCCUGAGGGGCAGUUCCUGUCUCAGAGAGUUUGAAAUGUUAAAUGUUGCUGCCUGUCCCAGAGUGAUGGUCAGCACACAGAAACUGGUGCCAAAAAGCAGGAUUCCUGAAAUGGAUGUGGGCUGGUGGGAGGGUGCACCUCCUGCAGCCGAGGAAGAUGAUGUCCACAGCAGGUUGGACUUCAUCCCAGCUGUGCUUUCAGUGCUAAAAUUAAAGUUGUGAAGAAUUCCCAAAAGAUAACAGCUGUGGCUGUGUUGAAUCCCAGCACUGUGUGCCAGAAAACCGGUGUGCAAAGCUGUGUUGCACAGGACAUCCUGUCUUACCACAAUCCAGAUCACUGUGCUGUAGCUGUGUCUUGAUGUAGCUGUACCCCAAGAUGGGAAUGGCAGCCAAGUGGUAGAUGUACCUGUAAGCAUUCUUUUUCCAGUGCUGUGCAAGCACAAGCCCUUAGAAAGGCCAUGAUGAGGGAAAAUUGCUGCUGCAUCAGUUAUGUCUGUAAUCAAAGCAUAAUGUUGUAGGUAUGUUGCAUCUGUGGUGGAAAUAGGCUUGAGGUUUUAUAUUUGGUGCUAUUAGUUUGCCUCUGUGUUAUUGAAUGUAGCGGAAGUGAAUUACCCCUUGUUCUUUUUUCUUGGAGGGUUGUGUGUAUAGCUGUAAGUAGCUAUAGUAAGGCACACACUAAGAAAUGGUACCACGAGGAGUAUUUCUGUGCUUUCUCAUUUCAGACUCUAAACUUUUUCAGAUAUUCUUUUGAGCUGAAAAUAGUCUGUUUCUGAUGUCCACUCAAAAUUAUCCUUUAGUAGAAAAGAGUGAAAAAAGCAAAAGCCAUCCUUUUAGAUUUUAAAACAGAUUUUCCCACUUCUAGCCUACCCAGAAAUGAUCCCCUUGCUCAACACAAACAUCUGUGACAAGGAGUGUGAAACUGAGCUGGGGGCCUGCCUCGCUGUGCCUGCUCAGAAGGAGAAGCACUCAUUAAUUUGAAAUUAAGAUUAUAAAAAGAUGGGAACGUGCUUGUGGAAAGCUUAUUUACUCCUUCCUGCCCACAAGAGCCUCUGUCCGUGUUGAAGGGGCAGGCUCGGUGGUCUGGAGGCAGCGAUGUGCUCCCGGCCGCAGGUGCCGUUUCCCGUGGAGCGGGCGCUGCCCGCCCGGGCCGGGCAGUUGGAGCCUCGGGGCGGUUCCGCCCGGGCUGGGCCUGCCCAGGUUCCAUCCCCGGUCGGGGCGGGGGGCGGCCGGUGCAGGGCGGCAGGGAUGGGGGCGCUGCCGGGGCUCCUGGUGCUGCUGCUGGGGCUGGCGGCGUGCCCCGGUGCGCGGGGGGCCCGGCCCGCCGAGCCCCUGGCCGCGUGGGUGACGGUGCCGCGGCAGCUGAGCCCGCGGGCCGGCAGCGACGCCCCGGCCGUCACCUACUGGCUGAAGGUGGCGGGGCGGCCGCGGGUGCUGCGCCUGCAGCCCCGGCGGGGCCUGAUCUCCCGGCCCUUCACACUGGUCACCUACGCCAAGAAUGGGGUCCGCCGGGAGGAGCACCCCUUCGUGCGGGACAACUGCUUCUACCAGGGCGAGGUGCUGGGGAGCCCUGGCUCCCUGGUGGCCCUCAGCACUUGUGACAGGGGCCUCCACGGCGUGCUCUGGGUGGAGGAUGAUACCUUCCAGAUCGAGCCCAUCCCCCACGAUCCAGCCUUUCGGCACAUCAUCUACCGCAUGGAGGCCAACAACCCCAUGGGCCCCACCUGCGGACUGACCCCUGAGAUGCUGCAGCACCAAAAGGCUGUGCUGCCCUGGUUCAAGGCUCCAAAGGCAAACGAGGAGAACGAGGAACUGAAGGACUGGUGGACGCACACCAGAUAUGUCAAGAUGGCAGUGGUUGUGGACAAUGUGCGCUUUGUGAAGUCAGGCAGGAAUGAAUCUGAAGUCUUGAGGCAAGUCAUGGAAGUCAUCAACAUUGGGGACAUUCUGUAUAAGCAGCUUUCUGUCCGGCUGUUUCUAAUAGGAUUGGAGAUAUGGACCGAAAGGAACUUGAUAAAUAUUACUAAAUCUCUUGGCAAGGUACUUAGUGACUUUAACAAUUGGCGAAAGUCAAAUCUGUCACAACGGAUGCGCCAUGAUGUUGCUCACUUAUUUGCAUUUCAGAGCUUUGGAAGCACCUUGGGAUUGGCAUUUAUAGGGACAGUAUGUGAUAACCACUGGUCAUCAGCUGUUGCUUCCUUCACAGAGAAAAAGUUGUCCACCUUUUUUAUCACAUUUGUCCAUGAGCUGGGCCAUAAUCUUGGGAUGAGCCAUGAUAAACCAGACUGUAAAUGCAAACGAGAUAAAUGCAUUAUGUACGAAAGCAACGCUGACACUGAUGCGUUCAGUGACUGCAGUUACAAAUACUACUUUGACCUGCUUGUACGUGGCGCCGACUGCCUUCGUCAACCACCAGAACCUGGCACUUUCUACACCUCAAAGCAUGAAUACUGUGGGAAUAAGAUAUUAGAAAGCGGAGAGCAAUGUGACUGUGGUUCAGAAUCAGCCUGCAGAAAGGAUCCUUGUUGCCACCCGAACUGUACGCUUACUGUAGGUUCAGUCUGUGCAUCUGGAAAAUGCUGCAAGAACUGUAAGGUCCUUCCAGCGGGAACAGAGUGCAGAGAAAGUACUGGCAGCUGUGACCUGCCAGAGUAUUGCAAUGGGAUUUCCCCUCAGUGUCCACUGGAUGUCUACCUACAAGAUGGAACCCCUUGCAAAGGUGAUGCUUACUGCUAUCAAGGAAAAUGUUCUUCCCACAGUAAACAGUGCCAGGAUCUCUUUGGCAAACAAGCCAGGGCUGCUUCUUUAGAUUGCUUCAAAGCAGUGAAUACUCAAGGUGACCGGUUCGGUAAUUGUGGUAUUCGCAACAAUAUCCAUUUUACAAAAUGCACUACUGAGAAUGUCUUAUGUGGUAGGAUUCAGUGUGAAAACAUAGUCAAAUUACCUCCCUUGCAGAACCAUGUAACACUACUCCAAACUCCUGUUGGAGAUAAAAAUUGCUGGGGUCUUGACUAUCACGUAGGGAUGCCAGGAGCUGAUGUGGGAGCUGUGGAAGAAGGCACACCGUGUGGUAGUGAUAUGCUUUGUAUCAACAGGACAUGUGUUAGUGUAUUACUGCUGAACUACGACUGUAACCUGACAAAGUGUCAUGACAGAGGAUUGUGUAACAAUCGUAAGAACUGUCACUGCGAGUAUGGCUGGGCUCCUCCAUACUGUGAAUUGGAAGGAUUUGGAGGUAGCAUUGACAGUGGACCCCCUCCAGCCACGAAGAUUUCUCACAGAGCAAAAGUAAGACUAAUACUACUUACUUUUCUUUGUCUCUGUUUCCUUGGAGUAAACCUUACCAUGCAUUAUAGACAGGAAGUAGUGGGAUGGCUUAGGAGAAUAAAGGCCCAAUUCCACAGAAUACUGCAGUUAUUUCAAAGACUGAAAAAAACAGAAGUACCUAAAGAAGACUCACCUAAUGAUGAGUCAAAAUCCACUGAAGACCAACAAGCAGUAGCUUUGGAUGCUCCUGGGAAAUCUCACUUUAGCAAAACCAUCUGAUAAUAUCAUCAAAAUAAUUCAACACAUUCUGAAUAGCUCUCAUCUCAUGUGAUAUCAUUAAAUGCAGAGUAAAAGUUAUCUUUGUUUAUUUUAAAUUAAUAAAUGCAGGCAGUAAGGCCUGCUGUUCUUUUUACGCUGAGCUCUUAAAUUGCCGUAGUUAGCUAAACUGUAGGUAUAGUGUUUAUGCUUCAUAUCAACAGUUUAAAAAUGCAAACUUCUUAAGAAGAUAACAUAAAUUAUCUGUAGAUAAAUUAUUUGCUUCCAUUUACUCCUUCAUCUAAUGUUUUCUUCGAUUCAGGGAGAGAGUGUUUGUGAUCAUUUGGCUUCUGUCAUUCGUUAAGAACCAAAGAGAAAAAAUUGCUCUUUCAGUCUCCACUGGGUUCCUUGCAACACAAACCAUUCUAUGAUUCUAUGAUUUAAUUCACAUCUGUGACACACAAACAGGCAAGAUACAGGUAUUGCAGUGAGAUGCAGGUGUCUGUUUCAUAAGUGUUUCCAACUGUUUAAGGGAGCAGCCCUUCAGGAGGGAGGUAGAUCAUAGGAAACGGGUUCUUCAUUUUUUGAGAGAGUAGAGAAGCAUUAUCCAGGUCACACCAGUAAGCAUUACAUUUUUGAACCAUCAGAGGUAUACAUCAGCAGUGCAGUGGCACCAAAUCUGACAUUUCACAAGAACAAAUUGUCUUUAUUUUCUGGAAAUUUUCCAGUGCCUUGAGUGAUGGCUUCUUCUGAGAAGUGUUGUGUAUUUUAUAGUCACUAAGAGGAGCUGGUUGUGGGGUUGCACAAGUUAAAUGAAUUUCUAAAGUAUUUGGAACUAUUCUGCAAGUUUUCCCCAUGCAGAAUUCCUGCAAUAUUUGAUUGAUGUUUUAUCUGAUUUUCUCGGGAAGUUUCUCUUGGUUUAUGAUGUGUUUCUUAAUGCUAUAACUGAAUGGGUCCCUGCAGCUCUACAGAGUGCCACACAGAAGUACUGUGGUUUUCAUUUUUUUUUAACACAAGAUAAAAUGUGUCUUAACUUGUGAAAAAAUAUGAGGGACAUGGAAAUACCGUUCAAUAACUUUAAAUUUUAUUAUUUGUAUUAUAGCAGUGACUAGAUUUUUCUAUCAGAUCAGCAGGAAGAGGAUUCUGUAGUCCAGAUUACAGUGAAAACUUUUUUCUAAAGGUCUGGUGUUUCUGGAUUAAGGGCUAUAAUGCAUUUGUCUGCUAACAAAAGAAUAUUUGUAUUUAGAAAGCAAAGAGGACAUUUUUAGCAAACUUUCUAUAAAGGCAGGAUUAGUAGCCCAAUACUUGCAACAUUUGGGAAGAAAUAUGUUUAUGACUCUACAAAUGAUGAUGGUCAACUAUAGAUGCCUUCCAAAUAUGAAAUUUAUGUUUUUAGAAUACACAUUUUCCUGUAAUACUUUUUUUUUCCUCCAUAAUCAUGUCCUGUAUCCAAAAAGGGCUGGUUAAAUUAUGAUUGGAUGUGAAAUACAAAGGAUGUGAUUCACAGUUUUUCAUGGCUUUUUGUCUACAGCAAAUAGAUCUUUACAUAAUUAUCUAUAUUUGGGGAAAUGAGGUAACACAUUGUUUGUUCAGCAGGCUAUGCUAAUUGUCUUGAUAAAACAUGGAUAGUUUUGAUUAGGUGAAGAAAACUUAAUCCUGUGUUUAUGUCAAAUGACAGAAUAACUGCCCUUUGACUAACACCCCAAAUUUAUUCCUUAUAACCAGAGACCUUUUUCUGGGGAGCGUGGGGGGAGUGUUCUCUGAGAAAUAACAAUAGUAAUGCAGGUGUUGCUAACAAGGGAUACUUGACAAACAAGGGGGAUGUGGAAUAGUCAAAAGACAGAGAUAAAAAGUAACACAAGCACUACACCCAUCACCUUCCAACCAGCUAUACGCAACUGGUAAGUACUGGCAGACUUUUUUUAAUUUUGCUUUUUAAAUAGAUAAAGAGUGGCAGAAAUUCCAGACUGCCAUCUUGAUGGCUGCCUAUUGCUGAUUGAUACUGUACCAUAAAUUGCCAAGUAUAGAUCUGUGCUGAGACCAGAAAAAAGUUAGAGAGUAGGGGAGUUUUUAUUUACAGACCUGCAUGCUGAAGAGACAGAGGUGUAAAAGAAAGCACAAUUUAGGAUAUUUGCAAAUGUAGUUUUGGAAAGGACAAAGCAAUAAAAUGCUGUAGUUUCCAUUUUUCUCUAUGCUUAAAGAUUGAUCUAAGAAAACCAUGACUUAACUGGGAGGAGGCUUUCAGGGAGCUUUGGAUAGGAGUAUUUCUGUACAGUUUUCUUCUAUUUUUGCUUAGGCCAUAUAAGCAAGACAAACACGUAUCCCAACAAACCCAGUUGGUGUUUUAUAAAAAGUGUGAGCUGCCUUGCUAAGGUUUUCUCUUUGAAAAUAUUGUUGUUUCUGAUUUUACCAUAGCUAUUUGAUUCUUGUGGUAGUUUGUUAGAAAUGUCCCACUACUCUGAAGAUGCUGCUCUGAAGGUGCUAGGAAGGUUCAAUUCUAAGUUUAGUCCUAAUCUUUCUGGUUUCCCCUUUUUUUUCGGUCAUAGUUUUAAUUACCUUUUAAAAUGCUUUAAGUGGAUGCUAGAACUUGGUUAAUGUAUAAGUCACUUGAAUAUGGAAGAGGCAGCCUGCAAAUGCUGCUGCACCAUCUCCCAAGGGAUGAGGGUCAGUGAAGUACUUGAAAUGGUGCUGGAGGAAAUAAGAAGACACAGUCUGGUCUAGUGGAAGGUGUCCCUGCCUGUGGCAGGGGGUUUAGAACUCUGCUCUUUAAGAUCCCUUCCAACCCAGGGCAUUCUGUGAUUCUGUGAAAUGGCCUGUGCCAGUACAGUAAGGUGUAAAGUCUUAGGUAGCUGUUAACACGUGGCAGGCCACUUAGUGAUAGGUGAAGCCUGGAGCUGCCUAAGAGUAAGUUACAGCAAUAAUAUACAACAGAUAUAUAAAAUAUACAACAUAUAUUCAUGUUUCUUGUUUGAAAUCUCUUCCUAGCUAAAGCAGACUUAUAACAACAGUUAAUAUCAUAGUUAUCAGAUCAAGAUAAAAUUGGGUUUGUUAUAAACCAAGAUUGUCAUCUCUAAAAUACAUUAAACUGCUGCUAACAAACAGUAUGUAUCUUCAAGGAGUUUGCCAAUUACCUCACAGUUGCUCACUCACUCUUCUCCCACCCCUCCCCAGUGAGAAGGAGAUUUGGAAAAGAAAAGGUAAACCUCAUGGGUUGAGAUAAAACCAGUUUAAUAACUGAAAGAAAACAAACCAACCAACCAAAUAAAAACAGAACCCAAGAGAAACAAGGGAUGCACAGUAAAAUUGCUCACCACCCACUGGCCGAUACCCAUUCCAUCACAGAAUGUGUUUUGCCCCCCUUCCAGGUAACUCCCCCACUUUAUAUACUGAACACGUAUAUGUGUAGAACUAGACUGUUCUAUCGUAUGGAAUAUCCCUUUGUCCAAUUUAGGUUACCUGUUCUGGCUAUGCUCCCUCCCAGGCUUUUGUGCACCUUCUCACUGGCAGAGCAUGAGACACUGAAAAGUCUUCAUCUCCUCCACUUAAGGUUAACACUACUUAGCAACAAGAAAAACAUCAUUGUGUUAUUAACGUUAUUCUUAUACUAAAUCCAAACAACAGAGCACAGUACCAGUUACCAAGGAGAAAAUGAACUCUAUUCCAGCCGAAACAAAGACAGGGGGAAAAAUAAUGGAUGGUUGCUGUGCAAGUUUUAUCGUGCAGUGUUCCUAUUUAAUGGCCACAAAAGGUAUAGAUAUCCAGGACAACAUAACUCUGUGAACUGGACUGAAGCAGGUGUGAAACUGAAUGCUGUGCUCAACCAUUUUAAGAAGUCUUCCUGUGAUGGACAAAUCAUGGUUUUGCUCAUCAUCGCAGAUGUAAUUGGACCUUGAAUACCUGUCUCCCACCUCUGAGGCAGGGGUUCUAACACCCAGCUUAGCACUAAGCAUUAAUGUUGUAGCAUUAAGGCACGUAGCACACUCUAAUUCAGAGAUCCAUCACCCAGAUUACCUCUCCCUAUUAAAUUCAGGAAUCCAAAAGUGCAGAUCAUCUGGGAAUGAUUGCAGUAAAAAAUAUUUGUUCUCUAUACUGUAAUACCAAACAAACCAUUUGAUAGUGUAACACUGAGGACCAGAGCAGCUGAUCCUCAUUUUCAUCAGAGAGGUUCCUGCAACAUGUAGAUGUGGCUGUCCUUGUAGUGCCAAGCAAUCAGGCAGUUUAAUUGGAUCAGGCCUGUUCAUUGUUCCCUGUUGCCAUGUCUGUAUUGACAUACUUGUAGCAUGUGCUGAAAUAGAUAAGGAUACAGUUUAAUAAGGAAAUAAGUAAUGAUAAAUUUUGCCUCGCUGUUUAUUUCCGAAUAAUCUGUUGGUUCAAGAAAUCCCUGUCAUACAGAGUGCCAGGUUCAAGUGGCUCCUCUGUUAGACAGCAAGUUGAACUACUUUGCCCUUUAUUGCUAGGUAAUUAUCUGUAGAGUUUUGAGGAAAUUUCUCAUAUCCUUAAACCAAAUGCCUUGUACAGGGCAUAGUUAGGUAUUUAUUGUUGCAGCAGUGGCAGUCAGCAUGUACCAUUUGUGUUUCUUAAUCUAGAGCAUCACUUUAUUGCAUCGCAGGAUAUGUAGGCAAUGGUACAGGCUUUUGCUCCUGCCCAUCACUGUCUGAUCUGCUUUUUAGUUUGCUGUGAGGCCAGUUAAAAGGGUUGGGAACAGGUCAGACAUCUCUCUCUGCUACGCUCCCCCUAGACAACAGUCACACCUUAACCUUCCUGAGGAAGCCAGCUCCAGCCUGGGGAGCAAAGCAC